AUGCACCUGACUACUCGCCGGAAGACUCAUCUCCUGGUCAAAUUCAACGUCGCGCUCUUGGAACGACCUGCGAGAAGGCAGGCACUGCUGGACGCAACCGCCUCCAACAUAGCCGAAAUUUUCUUUAAUGACUCAACUAUCGACGCACAGUGGUCUACACUGAAAACGUCCAUCAGAGAAGCGGCGCUGGGGCAGUUACGUGAGAUUCUUCGCCACAAGAGAGACUGCAUCUCCGAGCGUGCAAUGCAGUUGUCCGCAAAGAAAAGAGAUGCGCGGCUGAUCAAUUCUCCUGAAUUUCGUAUUCUCCGUCGCCAAGCCACACGCUCCGCCAAGAGCGACCGCAAACAAUACUGGAAGGCGAUUGCAGACAGUAUGCAGGCUGCAUCCGUCGCAGCGGACUUUGGAAAGCUAUUCCGUCUAAUUCGUGUCGCAGGAGGAGAGGCAGACAUCGGAACCACUGUUGCGCAGCAUCACAGACCAACUUACUCAGGGAACCGAGCAAAAAAUGCAAAGGUGGGUUGA